CGUACUCCCGGUAAACGCCAAUGUUAUGUGCGCAUUUGUUUUUUUCGCCGACUGGAAACACGUUUAUGCUAUAAGUUUGUGCUUGACACGCCGGUCUCUUUGAUUUAAACUUGAAGGUGUGGAGCCUGUCAUCUGGUAAAAAUGUCGGAGCAGUUGUUGCAGUGGUGUGUGGAACAGUUACAUCACAAGUUUGGAUUGGAGGCGGGUGAAGAAAUCGUCCAAUAUAUUCUAUCAAUCGAGAAGGCUGAAGAGAUUGAGGAAUAUGUGGGAGACCUCCUGCAGGGUACAGAUGGGAAAAAGGGGCAGUUCAUUAACGAGCUCCUCAGCAGAUGGAAGAAGACUCAAAGACAGGCAGCAGAUACCGCCCAGGAAAAUAGUAAUACAUCAUCAUCAAAGAAGAAAACAAAGUUUGUCAAUCUCUACGCUAAAGAGGGUCAGGACAGGCUGGCUGUGUUACUCCCCGGUCGGCAUGCUUGUGAAUGCCUUGCCCAAAAGCACAAGCUUAUUAACAACUGCAUCACCUGUGGCCGUAUUGUGUGUGAGCAAGAGGGCUCAGGACCCUGUUUCUUCUGUGGCAGCCUGGUCUGCACAAAAGAAGAACAGGAGAUCCUCCAACGAGACUCCAACAAAAGCCAGAAACUAAGAAAGAAGCUCAUGGGCGACUUCGGAGAAAGAGAUUAUCUCUCACACCAAGAGGCCACGAUGAAGGCUGGGCUGGAGAAAGCAAUUCAGCACAAAGACAAACUGCUGGAAUAUGACAGAAAUAGUAUCAGAAGAACGCAGGUUCUGGAUGACGAGUCUGAUUACUUUGCCACUGAAUCCAAUCAGUGGUUGUCACCCAAUGAGCGAGAGAAACUGAAGAAAAAGGAAGAGGAGCUGAGAGAGCUUCGCCAUGCCUCUCGCAAAGACAGGAAGAUCACACUUGACUUUGCUGGUAGACAAGUAAUUGAAGAGGGAAACAACCUGAAUGAGUAUUACAACAAGUUGGAUGAGACCCUCAAGGCAAUGAGCAAUGAAUCGGUGUCCAAAUCACCAAUGUAUUCUGAAAGAAAGGGUGGACGGCAGGGCCUCAGAGAUCUGGUGAAUCCCAACAUAAUGCAAUCUGCGCCAGAGUGGGUUGAUGUUGGAGGGAGUGAAAGCCACAAGAAACCAAUGGAGAAGGGAAAGAGUGCAAUGGAGGACAAGGGAAGAGAAGAACGACACCGGUUGAGGCUCCAAGACAAAGAGCUGCAGGAGAUGUCCGAUGGCGGCUGGUGCCUCAGCAUGCACCAACCGUGGGCCUCGCUACUGGUAAAGGGCAUCAAGAGGGUAGAAGGACGAACGUGGUACACGUCACACCGUGGGCGACUUUGGAUUGCAGCUGCAGCAAAGAAGCCCACCCCUCAAGAAAUCGCAGAGGUGGAAGCCAUGUAUCGCCACAUUUAUAAAAAAGGGCCCAUGUUUCCUAAAGACUAUCCCACUGGCUGCUUGCUGGGCUGCGUUAAUGUGACUGACUGUCUAUCUCAGCAGCAAUUCGGGGAACAGCUUCCCAUCCCCCCCCUUAGUACUGAUAAUUGGCCAGCCAUUAUGAUCUGUAUUCUGUCUCUCCACUCCUACCCCCCAGUGCUCACUCAGCAAUGGGUGGAGAUGUAUGCCUGA